GAAAGGUCGCCCCUGUUUACAUCAUCGCAUUUGGCUUUCCCCUAAUUGGAGAUGAAAUUCUUGCCAGAGCAGUUCGUAGGCAGGGGUGGGCCAAUCAUUUCUAUAAUGUUGUUUCAAAGACUGAUGUUUUUGCCAGAACUCUGCUGGCUCCUUGUAUAUCUGUGUCAAGCUUUGUGGAAGCCCUGCUGCCUUACUGGCAGAGGUCUGUUGAGCAGAUGAAUAAUAAUGAUGCAGACAUUCUCAUGGAGCCUGCAGACUUGGACUUUAACAAGUAUUUAGUUACUGUUCUGCAUCAUGCUUGUGCAGUGGUUAACUUGAUCACUGUUAACAAUAUGGAGCCUGGAAACAAACUGAUAGCAAGUCUGAAGCCUGCAGUGAAGUUAAGCCCUUACAGGCCAUUUGGGUACUAUUUGUUCUGCUCAAAGGAGGGAGGUCUUUUUGUUGAAAACAAUGAGGCUGUGCUGCCCAUCCUAUUUUAUUCCUUGGCUAGUGCUCAAGGUCAGGCUUCCAGUCUUCAAUUCCCACACAAACGUCGUCAAUUUGGAAGGGCUUCAGAAUCUUCCAUUAUCACAAGGUGCAGCACAAUCUUCUGCCAUGGAAAUCCAACUGAAUGCUCUUGGAAUCGGCAUUCAGAGCACAAGAGCUAGACUUGCACUGAGAGCUGCAGGAGAGGCAGAACAUAAGCUCGAAGACAACCGCAACAAAUUAAAGGAUGAACUGGCAAAGUUGUUAGCAGAAGGGCGUGGCAAGGACGCAGGACAUAUGGUACAAGUGAGAGAUUAUAGAAAGAAACGUUUGAGCAAGAACAUCAUUGGAUACUAUGACGCUUUCAGGGAAAAAAAGGAGAAGGAAGAUUUUCAGGCCAACCUUAACAGGCUUAACCUUGCCGCCUUUUAUGACAAGCUAGAAGAUAUGGUGGAGACCCACCAGGUGCCUGACGACUUUCAAUUCAUUGAAGAUUUGAUAAAAGAAGGAACAGAAUACAGGCUUCUGGUCGAGCCUCUGGAUGCUAGUUAUUACAGGCUGGGCAAGCAUGAGGAUUCGAGACAUUAUAUUAGAAAUGCAAGGUCUCGUCGUUAUAAAGCCCUUGAAAAGUGGUUGGCAGACAUAAAAUCCGAUGAAAAGAAGCGAGAUGUGAUUAAUAGUCUCCAAGGUAUAACAAAGGACUCCUUAUUCUGGGCUAAUGUUGAAGAAGUUUCAUGGAUAAUGAGUAAUCCAAGGGAAAAUCUAGAAGUAAAGACGAAGAGGUGUACCGAAACUAUGUGAAGCAACUGUUGGAGAGACGAGUUGUGUGUGGAGGAGGUGGUGAUGGGAGAAUCCAGUUUUGUGAAAUGGUGGAAGAAGCUUAGCUCACAAGACCAACAAAUCUCCCCCAUAGCCUCUAUUUUUCAAGGCUGAAACUAGUGCUCCUAUUAUCAGAUCUUGAAUUGCUCCUAUUAAUAGUCUCCAAGGUAUAACAAAGGAUUCCUUAUUCUGGGCUCAGGUUGAAGAAGUUUCAUGGAUAAUGAGUAAUCCAAGGGAAAAUCUAGAAGUAAAGACGAAGAGGUGCACCGAAUUACAGAACUAUGUGAAGCAACUGUUGGAGAGACAAGAGUUGUGUGUGGAGGAGGUGGUGAUGGGAGAAUCCAGUUUUGUGAAAUGGUGGAGGAAGCUGAGCCCACAAGACCAACAAGCCUCCACUAUCUCCUAUAUCUUUGGAGGCAGAAAUUAGUGCCACUAUUAUCAGAUCUCUCAUUGCUCCUCUGAAGAAAUUAACUGAUACUGUGGUUGAAGUGGAGCAAUUGCUGUUAAGACUUGAACGUUGUUAAACUUUGUUUGUGUAGUUUCUCUAUUUUGUAAUGCAGCACAGUAAUGUUUUCUC